CACACACAAACAAACACACUCUCUCAUAGCUCCAGUCCCAAAUAAAUAAAGAGGCACAGAAGGAUGUGGGGGAAAGAGAGAGGUUGCUGCUUUAGGAAGAACAAUGUUGAUGCUACCCAACCUUCUUAAUCUCCUACCUGCUUUUGAAAACGUGUGAGGAUUAAAGGCGCGUGGCGGUGUUCACACUGGGAUUUCUACAUCACAAAAAGAUGCUCAGUUCUCCCUCUCCUGCCCAAGCCACAGAAAAGAGGACUACUGUUGAGCACUUGUAUCCUCCUGUUUCAGUUCUACCUGCCUAACAGUCAGCCCUGCACAGCCACCGGAGGCAAUGACAGCCCUGCUGCUCUAGAGCCCCAUGGAGCACAGUCCGCUGCUGGAUUCCAUGCUUUUGUAGAUAUACAUUAGAAGGAAUUCCUUCUUAGAAGCCAAACCGAGAGAAAAGAAACACUGGCUGCUCAUCAGCUCUAUGGUUUUCUGACUUGUCCAAGACUGUGAUUUUUGGCAUCUGACUAAGAGAUGACCCAAGAACAGUGCACUCAUAGGAACAAUGUCCAGAGCUCAGAGAAACCACACGUGUACAAAGUGGGAAUUUACGGCUGGCGGAAACGUUGCCUUUACUUCUUUGUGCUCCUGUUAAUGAUCCUGAUCCUGGUCAACCUCGCUUUAACCAUCUGGAUAGUAAAGGUCAUGAAUUUCACCAUAGAUGGUAUGGGAAAUUUAAGAAUAACAGAGAAGGGUCUAAAAUUGGAGGGGGACUCUGAGUUUCUCCAACCUCUGUAUGCCAAAGAAAUUCAGUCCAGACCAGGCAGCCCACUGUUCCUGCAAUCCUCCAAAAAUGUGUCCGUCAAUAUCCUAAAUGGAAAGAAUCAGCUGGUCACACAACUUAUUGCAGGAUCCAGUGGAGUUCGUGCACAAGGGAAGAUGUUGGAGGUGAAAUCCAGCACCGGGAAGCUACUGUUCUCUGCUGAUGACCAGGAGGUGGUGGUGGGAGCAGAGAGGCUACGGGUGACGGGUGCCGAGGGAGCCGUAUUCACCAACUCUGUGGAGACGCCACACGUCAGGGCCGAGCCCUUCAAAGAGCUACGCCUGGAGUCUCCCACUCGGUCUCUGUACAUGGAGGCCCCUAAAGGAAUCCAGAUCCUAGCAGAGGCAGGGGACAUCCAGGCCACAUGUAGAAGUGACCUACGCCUAGAGUCCAAAGACGGAGAGAUAACUCUGGACGCGCGGAGGAUCAGGCUGCUGCGUCUGCCUGAGGGCAAGGCCUCUCCCUCGGGGACCACUACCAGACAGACUGUCUAUGAGGUGUGUGUCUGUCCCAACGGGAAACUCUUCCUAUCACAGGCCGGGACAGGCUCCACCUGCCAGAUCAGCAACAAUGUCUGCCUCUAGAACACACACAUGUACACACUAACACUGAAACACACACACACACUAACACUGAAACACACACACACACGCACACAUGCACACAUACAUACAUGCACACAUACAUACAUACAUACAUACAUACAUACAUACAUACAUACAUACAUACAUACAUACAUACAUACAUACAUACAUACAUACAUACAUACAUACAUACAUACAUACAUACAUACACACAUACAUACAUACAUACAUACAUACAUACAUACAUACAUACAUACAUACAUACAUAUCAAAACACACACACACACACCCACACACACACAUGCAGAACAUAUCAAAACACGCACUCACUGAAACAUACAUACAUACAUACAUACAUACAUACAUACAUACAUACAUACAUACAUACAUACAUACAUACAUACAUACAUACAUACAUACAUACAUACAUACAUACAUACAUACAUACAUACAUACAUACAUACAGUGGGGAGAACAAGUAUUUGAUACACUGCCGAUUUUGCAGGUUUUCCUACUUACAAAGCAUGUAGAGGUCUGUAAUUUUUAUCAUAGGUACACCUCAACUGUGAGAGACGGAAUCUAAAACAAAAAUCCAGAAAAAUCACAUUGUAUGAUUUUCAAGUAAUUAAUUUGCAUUUUAUUGCAUGACAUAAGUAUUUGAUACAUCAGAAAAGCAGAACUUAAUAUUUGGUACAGAAACCUUUGCUUGCAAUUACAGAGAUCAUACGUUUCCUGUUGUUCUUGACCAGGUUUGCACACACUGCAGCAGGGAUUUUGGCCCACUCCUCCAUACAGACCUUCUCCAGAUCCUUCAGGCUGGACAAGACGGACUUUCAGCUCCCUCCAAAGAUGUUCUAUUGGGUUCAGGUCUCGAGACUGGCUAGGCCACUCCAGGACCUUGAGAUGCUUCUUACGGAGCCACUCCUUAGUUGCCCUGGCUGUGUGUUUCGGGUCGUUGUCAUGCUGGAAGACCCAGCCACGACCUAUCUUCAAUGCUCUUACUGAGGGAAGGAGGUUUUUGGCCAAGAUCUCACAAUACAUGGCCCCAUCCAUCCUCCCCUCAAUACGGUGCAGUCGUCCUGUCCCCAUUGCAGAAAAGCAUCCCCAAAGAAUGAUGUUUCCACCUCCAUGCUUCACAGUUGGGAUGGUGUUCUUGGGGUUGUACUCAUCCGUCUUCUUCCUCCUAACACAGCGAAUGGAGUUAGACCAAAAAGCUCUAUUUUUGUCUCAUCAGACCACAUGACCUUCUCCCAUUCCUCCUCUGGAUCAUCCAGAUGGUCAUUGGCAAACUUCAGAUGGCCUGGUCAUGCGCUGGCUUGAGCAGGGGGACCUUGUGUGCGCUGCGGGAUUUUAAUCCAUGACGGCGUACUGUGUUACUAAUGUUUUUUUCAUUGAGACUGUAGUCCCAGCUCUCUUCAGGUCAUUGACCAGGUCCUGCCGUGUAGUUCUGGCCUGAUCCCUCACCUUCCUCAUGAUCAUUGAUGCCCCACGAGGUGAGAUCUUGCAUGGAGCCCCAGGGUGAUUGACCGUCAUCUUGAACAUCUUCCAUUUUCUAAUAACUGUGCCAACAAUUGUUGCCUUCUCACCAAGCUGCUUGCCUAUUGUCCUGUAGCCCAUCCCAGCCUUGUGCAGGUCUACAAUUUUAUCCCUGAUGUCCUUACACAGCUCUCUGGUCUUGGCCAUUGUGGAAAGGUUGGAGACGUUGGAGUCUGUUUGAUUGAGUGUGUGGACAGGUAACGAGUUCAAAGACAUGCAGUUAAUACAGGUAAUGAGUGGAGAACAGGAGGGCUUCUUAAAGAAAAACUAACAGGUCUGUGAGAGCCGGAAUUCUUACUGGUUGGUAGGUGAUCAAAUACUUAUGUCAUGCAAUAAAAUGCAAAUGAAUUACUUAAAACUCAUACAAUGUGAUUUUCUGGAUUUUUGUUUUAGAUUCCGUCUCUCGCAGUUGAAGUGUACCUAUGAUACAAAUUACAGACCUCUACAUGCUUUGUAAGUAGGAAAACCUGCAAAAUCGGCAGUGUAUCAAAUACUUGUUCUCCCCACUGUACGUACAUACAUACAUAUCGAAACACACGCACACUGAAACAAACAUCCACAUGUAUACUGAAGCACACACAUGCAGUGAAACACAUAGACAAAUGCACACAACGCAACACAUAGAAAAAUGUCUCUACACAUACACAGAAACACACGCAAUCAUGCAUAUACAUUGACACUUAGGGGUCUGUUCCUUCUAACAGCCUUUGACAGGAACUAAGAGGGAUCCUCCUGAGAUUUACAAAGAGACACUCGGAGUGACAAUGUUCUGUUCAAUGUCCUGAAGACAAUUUCAGUACCAGAAUCACUAGGGUGAUCACCCACAUUAGAAACCCUGCAAUAUCCUGCCAUUUCCCCAUCUCUCUGCAUUAUGCCACCUACCACACAUGUAGUGAUAGAAGGCUCAUUACUAUUUUGUUCAAUGAUAAAAAUUUGAGCAGUUCUAAAGAUAUUGUAACUUUUGAAAUAUGAAGAGUGUAACAAUAGUGUUUUCUUUUGUGAAUAAUUUUGACUGUCAACGUGUCAGGCUUGGUUUCAUUGUCAUAUCAUGUCAAUUCAUGUCAACGUUGAUUUUUUUAAAUCAUGAAGAAAGCAAAAGCAGCACAGAUUUGAAACCUACACCACUAACAGAACAUUAGUAGUAGUAGUAAUAGUAAACAUUGCAUGGUGAUGGUCUUCACAGGUGGUCACCCUACCAAUUCCUUGUACUGGGAGUGACCCACUCUGUUCAAAGAGGGGAAACUGUGCCUGUGCCUUAUAUCAAUGCACUUGUGGCAAGGAGAAGCACAUCACACAGACUUUCUUUUGUCAACAUGAGUUUUUCCUUUUGGUUCAAUCCUUUUUGUGUGUAGAGGAUGGGAAUGCAAAGAUAUCUCUGACUCACCCAACUGCAUGCAGCCACACCCUCUCUCUCCUUCUCCCUUCGUCUUUUUUCAGCGGUGUAAUGCCUUUGACGAGAAGAUCAGGGCUGACAUGUUGGUAAACACAUGGUUUUUGUUUUUGAAAUAUAAGCAAGAGCGUCAACUUUUUAUACCGUUUAUCUGUAAAUACACAUAAUCACAUCUGAGUGUGUCAAGGGCACAACCUCAUGAAAUGAAAAAUCUGCUCUUUUUCUAAAUUAAAGCUUUUAUAAUAUCAUGUGUUUUUCAAACAACAACAAAAAGAUUGAAUAAGUAAAUAUCUUGAUAUUCUACAGGUUAGCAUGUUUAGUAUACCAUGUUUGCCAGUUGGGAAAGGUUAUAUUGUUUUUUCUUUAUUUUGUGUAAACUUCUCACACACUGAGAUCAACAAUACAAUGAAAUGCUUGCCCAUUUUGUUUGGCAGUUGGGGGUGAGGUCUUUGCAUUCCUUGCGUGUGUCGUGUGGAAUUUGUUCUACUAAGAGUUUUUUUUUAAUGUCUUCUAUCGACUGUGUAUUUGGCUUUACUUGUUUAAUGAUGCUCAGAGUUACAGACACACAAACCAAAAAGCAAAGUGGCCCCUACUAUGACAUAUUCAUCUUGUACGGUACUCAUUGAGUACUUGUCUUGUCCUUAGCUCCCAUACACUGCAAUGCUUCUGAGGUGAUCUGAAGUGAACAGUGUCUGUGUUCAAGUUCAUUAGAGAGCAAAAGGAUUUCCUAAAGUCCACUUUGCCUGGCAUCAACAUCUGCUUUUUUUACUCCAUUUGAAUGGGGCCGUUUGCCUCAUCUUGCACCACCUGUUAUUAGCUCAUCAUCCAUGCUGAAGAAAGCAAUACAGUCUUCAGGAGGGUUUUUACCGCAGGGUUUUUACAGCUCUGUCAAUGUUGUGGAGCAUUGUGCUACUGUAUAUUCAAGAGAUGUUAUGUUUUAUAUCGCCUCUGUAAAAUUAUAUAAAUAUAAUUUUUUUCUCCACAUAAAAGCAUUUUAUUUAUUUAGAUUUCCGAUGUGCACACUGUAAAAUGCCACUGAGUAUUGUUGAAAGUAUAUAAUAAACUAAAUUGCAAGAUGACUGAACCAUUUCCCCAGG